AUGCUGUCUCAGUCGUCGCAGCCCACACGCGGCCCUCGUCGCUCAAGCGUUGGAGCAAAGACUCGCGUAUGCGUCCAUUGCGGUCGGAACUUCAGGAGAACUGAGCAUCUCGAGCGGCAUAUCCGUACUCAUACGAAAGAGAAGCCGUUCGUCUGUUUCUGCGGGGCGGCUUUUACACGCCGUGACCUCCUCAAGCGGCACACACGUAUCUUGCAUCAAGACAAUGACCUCGCUUCACCUACCGCUCAACCUGAACAGGUAGCCAAGGAUCAGGUUCAUGUUCAACCAGUGGGAAUUCAGGUGCCGAAGCAGGCUGAAUCCCAUAUUGCCCAAGAGAAUCAUGAUGCACAACCUAUGCCGCGGGCAGAGGUUCCUCUCCCUGUAACCCCUACUAUAGGGCAAUGGCCCGGCGCCCAUCCUGCAUCGUAUCUGGCAGGCGAGCAAAAUAUGCUCCACGACCGUGGUGACAAUACGGGUCUGGAGACGCAUCCAGUAGUGGCUCAUGAUGCGGAUAUUCUUCAAGCGGCACAGCUACUCCUCCCGGGUGCCUAUCGAGACAAUCAACCCGUUGCGCAACCAUUGCCAUAUCUUCCUGAAGAGCUGAACCAUUUUCAGGAUUUCACUCAUUUUCUGGACUCAAUUGGCUUGCCGGCGGAAUGGGUUCCCACCGAAGGUGAGAUCUCGCAGGUUCACAGCGCAGUGCCUGCUGAAGUUCCCGAUCCUGGCCGAGCAACGAGAGAGCAGCCUAGCUCAAGUCGUCGAGGCCAGACGAGGGGAUCCCGCGAUGACUCGCCCUUCAGAUCUUGGCUGCCCUCGGUACCGCCAGGUGACCAGAGCCUCGGAACCGUAUCGGAUCAUGAACCUCCCCAGACAGCAACGAAUUAUUCGCCUCUUAAGGUGAGCGAAGAACAGAGAUUACGGCUCGCAACCUCUCUAGAGGAGUUCCGUCACUUAAUUCCUGACUUUGUUUUGCCGUCUCGGCACACGCUGACGAGAUACUUGACCUCAUUCUUCGAGGGCUUCCAUACUCACUUACCUUUCAUACACCUCCCCACAUUACGGAUCAAUGAACGCGCGCCAGAGUUGAUAUUAGCCUUCUUGACCGUGGGUGCUCAGUAUCGGCUGGAGCACCGGAAUGCCGAAAGGCUUUUCUACGCCUCAAAGACAAUCUUAUUUCACAGGCUCUCCAAAGAGGCGCAGCCCUCCACUGGAGGGUCGUACAGCAAUGCCAUCCAGAUGCCACUCUCUACUGUUCCGGGGACAUUUCACCAACAAGCACCCUCUUCAAUUCCUCUUCCUUUAGGCAAUGCUCCGGGAUGGAGUGCCUGGCGGCAGAUUGAAAACAUCCGCACCCUGCUUGUCUUGAUGGGAUUUGCAAGCUGGGAAGGACCCGAACUAGUUCAGGAAGCCUUUGCUCUACAGCACUUACUAGUGAGGUGUUUGCGGGAAUUUGGUUUAACUGAAAACAUCGCAGUCACUCCGAGACAUUCGCCUAUGCAUUGGCAUGAGUGGGCCGAGGACGAGUCCGUUCGCCGUACUCGACUUGUUUCCUUCUGCUUUGUUCAUGUCCACAGCAUCGCGUACAAUAUCUACCCAGUGCUUCGAAGUAGCGAGGUACACUUGCGCUUGCCCUGUUCCACUCAGGAAUGGAAAGCCGCCACUGCUAGUGAAUGGGAGGCCGCGCAAAAGGAAGUUGGCUCGCAGCAGUUGUUCUUCCAGGAUGCGCUGGCUCUACUUCUGCAGAAGUCACGAACGCCUGUCAUGUUGGAUCCGAUCCCUUCGCCAUUAGGCAACUACAUUCUGCUCCAUGGCCUUCUACAGCGCAUUCAUCUGGUGAGCGAACUUUCCAUUCCGAAUGGUGACCAGUCAUUUUCAUUACCCACAGAGGAAUUAAAUAAACUGGAGAGGGCACUUCGUUCCUGGACUUCUGUCUGGCAGCAAGCACCGGAAUCAAGUCUCAAUCCCCAUAAUGAAAAUGGCCCCAUUCCAUUCACGUCGAGCUCACUUUUGGGGUUGGCCUAUGUCCGUCUUUCUUUGAAUCUAGGGCCCUACCGCCAGUUAGAGACCAGAGACCCAUACGUUAUUGCCGCGGCGCUGCAUCGAUCACCGCGACCCGGACGAAGCUAUCGACUAACGCCUGCGCUGAUCUAUGCUGCGCACGCAUUAAGCAUUCCUGUACGCCUGGGAAUUGACUAUGUUGCACGUAGUCAAGCUUUCUUCUGGAGUGUCCGACAUUCUAUUGCCAGUCUAGAGUGUGCCGUCCUCCUGAGCAAAUGGCUACUGUCCCUAGCAGAGGCUGGAAAUCAAACGACCCUGAGUGAAAAUGAGAGUCGAAUCCUGCAUUGGACACGUUGCAUAGUCGAAGAGGCAUAUGCUUCAAUGGAUCUAGACGAAGGGGACACACCCCCAAGUCAAGAUCCACGAAGCCUUGGAUCUGCAGUUAUCAAACUUUGGGCCCGCCUUUUCCGGCGAAACACCCAGUGGCCCUUCAUUAACGUGAUGGGGGAAAGUCUGGAAAGGUACCUGUCCUUGAUCAAGCAGGACUGA